GGGAAAAUGGAUAGCCAACGCCAUCGCCCUGGGCCCGGAAGUAUGUAUGUACGGUGGAUGUGCGUCUGUGAUGUAUGUACGUCUGUCUCUUCCGUUCCUGUGCCUUACCCUUAAAUUCUUUUGAGUUCGAGGUUCUACAACGACCUCAAUUGCCCACAUAUCCUGCUGCUUUUUCCUCCUCUUCGGCUUCAUUCUUCGUCAUUCCGCUAGUUCAGGGGGAGGCGUGAGCAAACCAUCCCCCGAACAAGGGAGAAAAGGAAGCUCCUAGCAGAUACACAGAAAACACACACACACAUACACACACACGGCUCAUCGCAUCUCAACUUAAUCUAAUCGAAUAAAGAAGGGCAAGCGAAAUCAGAGACAGAUCACCGCCGAUCAGAUAGGAAUCUCAUAUCUUUUUCAAUUUCGACGGGAAAAGAAAAGAAAAGGGAGAGAAAAGGAAAAAAAAAAAAAAAACACCCCGAACAAAGCCCCCACUGGAGACCUUAACUAAAGAGGAAUAUGUCUGUUGUCUCUUUCGGAUGUUCUAGAGGGGGGAAGGGGAGAGAAGGGACUGAGAGCUCUUUCGCUGGACGUAUUUUGGAACAGCCUCCGGAGUACAGAGCAGUGUCGUACAAGGACGCCUCUUCUCUCUUUCUCUACUAAUGGCCAUCCCUAACUGCUUAUGGACAGCCUCUUUAUUAUGGUUUCCGCCGUACAUACAUACAUCAUGUAUGUACAUCCGUCUGUCGCUCUCAUGCAAUGUCCUGCAACUGCAAUGCAGGCAAAGAAACUGCUGGAAAGGGAGCUCUCUUCCCUUUUUUUUUUUUUGUCGAACGAGCCAACUAACCUAACCAUCAAAUCGUUUUGCUUCUUCUUCUCCGUCUAUCAAAUUGUGAUCUCCUGCCUGUCUCGUUUUUCUUUCUUCUCCCUGUCAAGGGUAAGACAUAUUCAUCUCGACCAAAUGAUCAUAACUAGUCGAGUCAAUCAAUCAGUCAGUCAGGUUUUAUUGCUUGAUUUGACUCACUCCCGUCUCAUAACACUCGUAAUUCCAGUACACAUUGCUGUGGUUGAGAUUGUUUACUUGCAAGGCAUUAAUGCAUUGACAACUGCAGCCACAGCUACUACUAUCAAUUCUCUUGGUGGCCUGAGCAAUUGCCCAAGCUCUCAUUUCCAGUGUUGAUUCCGCUGUAAUUUUGACAGAAACACCAUAUACGAUCCAAUUUCGAUGUUCAUCCAGGAUCCCGUCAUCCACCGUGCGUUCAGAAUCAGCCCCAACGCCUCCUUCGAUAUCCCUCCAAAACGCCCUACCAUUCUACAUCUCUACAGGCAAGCACUCUGUUGAAGCACUGGCUGGCAGUACCAGGAUGUCCAAAUAAAAGAAGGCCAAUGAACACCUCCGUCCUAUCAAGAGGUCAUAAAAUAACAAGUAAGGCUCAGCCCGCUCCCUUCACCCCCGUUCCCCGUUCCCCAUCGGAAUCAAUCAGUCAGAUACUCGGCUUUAUUUUCAUUUUAUUAUUUUCUUUUCUCUUCCAUCCGUUUCGUGAAAAUUCGUUUAUUAC